CGUGCGCCUCGCUAAUGAACGUUACCCCAUCGAGAACGUGAGUCGGGAACUGAGCGAUGCAUUAGGUCAUAGUUGGUGACACUAGCCGACGUGCGAGAGCGGGAUCGCGAUACAGCCGCCGCAGUGAGAGCGAGUGGGUGGCAAGAUAGCGGGCGGGCAGGAAGUGAAACGAAUAGCAAAACCCCCCCUCAAACAGAACAACAAAUCAGUGGUUCCGAUUCGCAGACGUGUUGUGUAGUGUGCAUGUGAUUCAGAGCAAACAAAGCGUACGAAAUACGAAAUGCAAAACAUGUGGAUCGUUUUCCUCAUCAUCGGAUUGCUGGUGCUCGGGCUGCUGGUUCUGCUAAUUAUUGCGGCGCGGUAUCAGCGAGAUUAUUGGCGCUAUCUGGACAUUCCGCACGAGAGACCCAAAAAGCUAUGGCCUAUCAUUAGGCAAAUAAUGACGCAGACACUGAGUACGGAGGCCAUGAAGGCGGACCACUACUCGGCCAUAUACAAGAAGUUCAAGGGAAGCGGUCCCUUCUGCGGAUUCUACGCUCUGCUGCAGCCUCGAGCACUGAUCCUCGAUCGUGAGCUGAUCAGGCAGAUCAUGAUCAAGGACUUCUGGAACUUCAACGAUCGCGGAUUGUACUGCAAUCAGAAGUCGGAUCCCCUGUCGGGGGAUCUCUAUGCUUUGCGGGGCGAGAGCUGGAAGGAGAUGCGCCAGAAACUGGACCCCAGUCUCGAAGGCGACCGCAUGUCCUUGCUGUACGACUGCCUCUACGAGGAGGCGGAACAGCUCCUCCUCACCGUCAGCAGCACCCUGAUCAGCCAGCCCCAUUCCACCGUUCACAUGCAGAAGAUCAUGCGGCGCUAUGUGCUCUCUUCCCUGGCCAAAUGCGUGUUUGGCCUGAAUGCCGAGCAGAGGAAAACGUAUCCCCUGGAGGACUUCGAGCAGAUGACCGAGCUGGCCCUGAACAGCCACAAGCAUGGCUACCUAAUGAACCUGAUGAUGAUUCGGUUCCCCAACUUCUGUCGAAUGCUGCGCAUGCGCCGUACGCCCAAACAGGCGGAGGACUACUUUGUAAAGCUCCUCACGGGCAUUGUGGAGCAGCGAGAGACGUCCGGAAAGCGCCAGAAGGACUAUUUGCAGCAGCUGAUCGACGUCAAGGCAUUGGAGUUCAUCACCCAUCAGUAUGAGGCGGAUAAGGAACUCGCUGUCCAUCUGCAGAACGAGUUGGCCGCCCAUGCGGUUGUCUUCCUAAAGGCGGGCUACGAGCAAACGGCCAACACUCUGUCCUACGUACUCUACGAACUCGCACUGCAUCCGGAGUUGCAAGUCCGCGUGAGGGAGGAGGUCAAGAAGGCCAUCGAGCGGCAUGAGGGUCACAUAACCCACGAGGGCAUCAAGUCGCUGGCCUUCAUGGGUCAGGUGAUCAAUGAAACACUGCGAAUGCAUCCCAUCACACCAUACAUCCUGCGACGCACCUUGAACGACUAUGUGGUUCCGGACCACCCCAAGUACAUGCUGGUCAAGGAGCUGUUCCUCAUCAUUCCCACGCAUGCCAUCCACCACGAUCCGGAAAUCUACCCGGAUCCGGAGGACUUCAAGCCGGAUCGCUGGAGCGGACCACGGGACUCGCUGCAGCAGCAGGGCACCUGGUUUGGAUUCGGCGUGGGAGCACGCAGCUGCAUCGGAAUACAAUUCGCACAGCUGCAACUGCGACUGGCCUUGGCUCUGCUCCUUUCCGAGUAUGAGUUCUCCUUGGAUACCAGGAAGCCCCAGAUCAACCUGGAGGAGGGCAUAGCACUAACCCUGAUGCCACUGGGAGUCAUAGAACCCGGAAACGAGGAGAGGGCGGUAUAAGCU